AUGACGGACCGCGAGCAACCCGCAAGCCGCCGGGUGUCAGUGGGCAAACUGCACCUCAUUGCAUCCCACGUCACCAAUGCCGCCACGCUCAACGCCCUCACCCAGACCUGCAGGAAGUUCCACGAGCUGGUCAACCCGAUCCUGUACAGUCGCUUCGCAGACAAAAUGUACGCCUGGAUCGCCAAAACCCGGGAUAUCGACAGAGUCCUGCGUACGCUCAUCCGCGCCCACAAACAGGGCAAGUUCUCGAGUGUCAAUUGUCUCGCAUACCACGAGCUCGAGGCCCCCGCAGAGCGAUUGCACCUUGUCCUCCCCGUCACGCCCUGGAUGCCCCUUGAGCUCCGCCGCAACUCAACAGGCGGGUUUGCCGUCGAGCGGCCCGCCCGCCAGCCCAUCACUCUUCCGGAUGAUGGGAAUGCGCCUGGCAUUGGGGCUGCGGCUGCGUUCCCGGCCCCUGUGCAGGACAACCAGGGCGGACGCGACCGCGAACACCGACGCCCAGGUGAAUAUGCCAGGGGAAGCCCCAUGUCCCACCCGUGGCUCGAAUCACCUUUCCCAGAGCAAUUCUCGUUGUUCCGUUCGCUCCCACACCCAGGCCCCUUCACACCUCUCAGCGCGAACAUGGAUAUGGACCUGGGCGCGGGUUCGGGCUUGACCCCCGACAUGGCCAUCACACCCGCCUAUGAUUUCCCCACGCGCGAAGUGGCGACCAGAUCUCUGGGCGGCAGGGGCUUCCUUUCGGCCAUGGAUCACAUGCGUGCUGGGGCUGAUCAGCGGCAGAGGCGCCAGCUCCGGAGCGAGGAGCGGCGCGGGGGACCCAUGCGGCAGGUUGCGAGGGAAUCGCGCACUGGGCCGUACCAGCGGACGAGGGUGGGAGGCGGCACGAUGAGGGAGCUCUCGCAUGCGCAGAGGGCACAGUGGGAGAGGGACGGCCAUUCGGUGGGUUCGCGGUCUACUAUGUGGGUUCAGACCUGGACCGCUGGGGACGAUAGUGAGGAGGAGAAGGAGUAG